UUUUGUAACGUUACGUUGUUUUGAUUGUCGCUGAAAGUUGAACAAACUUAGUUUAUCUUUAAGUAGUAUUACUGUUAUUUUGGUGUAGUAAAGUGAUUUAUGUUUAGAUAUUAAUAUAAAUCAUAAAAAUGAAUACGCCGGCCGAGUUAAGUUUCGAAGAAAUAUUAAAAUUUAUGUUGGCACAUAAUGGCAAGGUUACAAAUCACGAUCUUGUAAAACAUUUUAAAGUGUUUCUAACGAACCCAAAUAUGAGAGAUGAAGCGAGAAAUACAUUUAAAAAGCAUGUAAAUACUUUGGCUAUUAUCAAACCUCAAAAUAAUGAGAAAUGGUUGAUCCUGAAAAAGAAAUAUUUUCCAAGUCAUUCAAAUGAAAAUGAAAAAGAGACCAAAGCAGCUGAACCUGUGUCUCAAUUGAGUGAAGAAGGUAUUGAAGAAACACAUGAAGAGCCUCCAGCUAGACCUCCCCUUCCAUUACUUAAUCAGGACUUUAAUAUGCUAGGAUCCAUUUUGCCAGCACAUGAACCUAUAGUUGAUGAGCCCGCCUACCAAAAAUCACCUGUUGUUACCCCACAAAAUACAUCACAAGAAAGUUUAAUAGAAGAUGUGCCACCAAAGGUACAUCCUCGUAGAAAAUCAGAAAAAAGUUUAAUUGAAAAAAGUACACGAAACAUUAAUACGACUCCCCAAAUCUCAAAUAAUGAAACAAUAGAAAUGAAUGAAACACCAACUCUAACUUCUUCUCAGAGUGAAAGCAUGCUUGUGGAUAGUGAGCAAAAAAUAUCAGUAAAAGAAAGAAAACAAAUGUUUAAUAGAAUGGCUUCUGAGAGUGAUGUGUUGAAAUCCAAUAAGUCCGGCAACAAUACUUCGAGUUUGGAUGAGGAAGAUAGAGCUUCGCUGGAUCACAAGGAAACUGAACCGCUGGACACAAAACAGAAGCAGUGGAUAUUAUACGCAGCCCGAGGAGACUACCACGUCCUGGCGAAGAUGUGCAAGGAAAAUUCUAAACUUGUUAAAACCAAGGACCCCUUCACGGGUUAUACUGCUAUGCACUGGGCUUGCAAACGAGGUGAUGAAAAUCUGGUGAAACUUUUAGCUGGCAUCCAUCGGCAUACGGUGAACGAACGUUCCAAUGGGGGUUACACACCACUUCACAUCGCGAUGCAAUUUCGACGUGAGAACGUGUACAGGCUGCUAGUAGAAGUGUAUAAUGCUGACCCUAACGUCCGGGAUUGGUCGGGGAAAAAGCCAAGGCACUAUUUAGUUCAUAUGGAUACCUCUUUAUCUCCCGGCUCAUACAGAAGUUUGGAGAGGAAUUCUCAACACCAUACAUUACCGUCUCCAAGUAUUCCGAUUUCGCCUUAUAUACCUCAAUAUCUUUAUGAAUAUUCAAAAAAAGAGGGGUUUCUUCGCAUUGGCUCCCUAAACGUUCGCGUAAAGAAGACGACAGAAGCGUUCAGUAACUUCCUAGGAGUAGGUGCGACCAGGUCUUCAGCGUAUGUGCCGAAGUCAGCCCGAGAGAGAGAACUUGAUAGAAGAUCAGAUGAUAGCGAUCAGCUUAAAUCGUGGGGAUCGGCAGAUAAUAUACAGAAAGAAGACAAAAUGCUUCCACCAAUGAAUAGCAAAGUUCGUAGGCGCGGUGCGAGCGGAAGACGAGGUGUUGCGUCUCACAGCCGUAGUACGCCAUCUACGCCUGAUCAGCCUCGAGCACAAAUCGGUGUUGAUAAUGGUGACUCGGAUUCUGAUACAGCAGCAGGAUUCCAUUCAGCAUGGAGACAACAGCGCGCGUCACAAAGCUAGAUUAAAUAAAAAAACGAGAUUUUUUUCUUUUACUUUUUUGGUAGUACUUUUGUUCAUGUAUGAGAUUAGAAGUUGCUUUUUUUUAAUUAAAUUAAAUGUUAUAAUUAUAUGAAAAGUUAUUGUUUAUUUGGUUGUAAUUUAAGCCGAAAUAAAGCAACUAAUACAUAUUAUAUUUAAUAACCGAAUUAGAGAUUUUUUUGUAGUUGCUACAAAUCAAAUACAACAGUUAUUUUAAAAGCUUUUCCUAUUAUGUUUCGUUAAAUACACACACGUUUCCAUAUAUAUUUGUGUAUUUAUAAAAUGCAGCUACUGUUUGCUUUAUUUCGGGAAAUUUUAUAAACAUUCCUUACUAUUCUAAUGUAAAUAAGUCUUAAUAUAUCACAAAAAUCAUUAUUUGUAAGAUUUGAUUUGAAUUGUAUAAAACGGAACUAUUUAUGGUUGACUCAAUUUUCGUACGUGAAACAUUCCUUUCUAUACUUUUCUAUAUUUAAUUGUAAUAAAUUCAAAAGUUAUGAAAUAAUUACAAAUAUCAUUAUGACUAUGGAAUAUGUAAGAAAGACUUCGAUCGCUAUAAUCAAGGGUCCUUCAAGAAAAGAGGGUACCGAUUCUUAAUACCCCGGCAUCCGACCGUGACCUUGGCAUUGGGAGUCUCUCCCUGUUCUAUAAAAAAAAGGGUGCGUGUAUGUACGCGCGUAAGAAGUUAUACUUCUUUGGCAUUAUUAAAAAUAGUUUUUGAUUGCAUGCAAAUAAUUAAUUACAA